UCCAGUCACAGAGUGAAUGAAGAAAGCCCUUCCAGGACCAGGAUGUUGUGUCUGGCCACACUAGGGCAAACUGGUGCCCGACGAGUUGUGACUGUGACUCAGGGGAGAUUUAUGAGGGGCAGCAGAUGUUUUUGUCACUUUGUCCCCAAGACCCAACCCAUUGGGCCUUCCUUUUCCUGUUCUUCCACCAGCCAUUACAGAUACUUUGGUGCCUCAGCUGCUCAUUGCAACUCUUCAUCAUCACUAUACCAGAAAAAAACAUCUUACAGUUACAUAAUUGUUGGGGCGGGGUCAGCAGGCUGCGUCCUUGCCAACCGUCUCACAGAGGAUGCCCAUGAGUCUGUGCUGCUGCUGGAGGCUGGGCCUAAGGACAUGCUGCUAGGCAGCUUACGACUGUCAUGGAAGAUCCACAUGCCAGCUGCGCUGACCUACAACCUUUGCGAUGACAAGUAUAACUGGUGCUACCAUACUUUACCUCAGACCCACAUGGACAACCGGGUGAUGUACUGGCCAAGGGGCCGUGUUUGGGGUGGGUCCUCUUCACUCAACGCUAUGGUGUACAUCCGUGGACAUGCUGAAGACUACAACCGCUGGCAGAGAGAGGGGGCUGAGGGCUGGGAUUAUGAACACUGUUUGCCUUACUUCAGGAAAGCUCAGUCCCAUGAGCAUGGAGAAAAUAGGUACCGAGGUGGCAGUGGACCUCUUCAUGUGUCCAGAGGAAAGACCAGCCAUCCUCUUCACAAGGCUUUUAUUGAGGCGGGGCAGCAGGCAGGGUACCCCUUCACUGAUGACAUGAAUGGAUACCAACAGGAAGGCUUGGGCUGGAUGGACAUGACCAUUUUUAAAGGGAGGAGGUGGAGCACAGCAAGUGCCUACCUGAGACCUGUCCUGGCUCGACCUAACCUGAAAGCGGAAGUGCGCUGCCUAACCACCAAGAUCCUGUUUGAUGGAAGCCGUGCUGUGGGAGUGGAAUACAUACAGAAAGGACAGAAGAAAAGGGUGUUUGCAGAUAAAGAGGUGAUAUUGAGCGGAGGAGCGAUCAACUCCCCUCAACUUCUCAUGCUGUCUGGGGUGGGAAAUGCCGAUGACCUGAAACAACUUGGCAUCCCUGUGGUUCAGCACUUGCCAGGUGUUGGCAGUAACCUGCAGGAUCAUUUGGAGCUGUAUAUCCAGCAGCAGUGCACUGAGCCUAUCACCCUGUACAAGGCUCAGAAACCUUUCCACAUGGUCAAAAUAGGCCUUGAGUGGCUCACCCUGUUCACUGGUUAUGGAGCAACAGCCCACUUGGAGAGUGGAGGGUUCAUCCGCAGUCGGCCGCACAUCACACAUCCCGACAUUCAGUUUCACUUCCUGCCCUCACAGGUCAUCGAUCACGGACGAGUUGCCUCUAAGAUAGAGGCGUAUCAGGUUCAUGUAGGACCAAUGAGAAGCACUAGUACCGGCUGGAUGAAGCUGAAGAGCACCAACCCUCUGGAUCACCUGAAUCUCCAGCCAAACUAUUUGUCCACUGAUAUCGAUGUGUGGGAGUUUAGGGAGUGCGUUAAACUCUCCAGAGAGAUUUUUGCCCAGAAGGCCUUCGACCCAUUCCGUGGUCCCGAAGUCCAGCCUGGUCCUCAGGUCCAGUCCGACACCGCCAUCGACGCUUUUGUCCGCCAAAAGGCUGACAGCGCCUACCACCCAUCCUGCACCUGCAAAAUGGGCUCUCCCUCCGACCCGAUGGCAGUUGUCGACUCAAACACACGGGUUCUGGGUUUGGAGCGGUUGCGUGUGGUUGAUGCCUCCAUCAUGCCCAGCAUCGUCAGUGGGAAUCUGAACUCUCCUACUAUCAUGAUGGCAGAGAAGGCUGCUGACAUCAUCAGAGGUCGCCCGCCUCUUAUCGACCCAGGAGUUCCCGUGUACCAACCGCCGACACUCGACACACAGAGAUGAAUACUGAGUUAUGGGUAUGUGUGGGUCAGAAACAGUUCUUAACACAAUAGGCAAAAACAGCAGUGAACCACUUAUUGUGUUCUUGAUUGUGAGGUGAUCAUUUAUCUUUUUGAUCUGAUUCUGUAAAUUAAUAAUCUGAGCAUGUUGUCUUUUACCACAUCUGAUUUGAACACAAGGUAACAUAUCGGUGUAAAAUGUGGCCAAUAGCCACAGGUUAACAAUAAUUAUGAAGGUUUGAUGUACACAAUCUAAAUUCAUUGCCAUAAUGGCGUUGAAUACAGUUGAUAUUAGCUGUUUACAUCUGAAAUUAAUAGUAUUUCAAUUGUUGCCAUGACUGUCUUCUGAUGAAGAGACAGUCAAUUGUCAUAUUUUUUUUUUUUCAAUGAUUUUGGUUUUGUUCCAUUGCAAAUAACAAUAACAUGUAUUUAGUAAACUUAAAACUGAUUGGAUAAAACUUGCAGGCUCCCUGAUAAUGGUUUCCUCUUCUACCUCGAUGGUGAGACCAAUGACUGAAACUGAUUGUUUGAUGAGUCAACUCAGUUAACCUGAGCAAACAGAAAGAGACUGGACUAACCAAUACGAAGAUAAUAAUAACCAAGAUCAACAGAUUUGUACUUUGAAAUGUACUUCUAUGAGACACUUGAUUUUACAUAGAACUUGACUCAACUUUAUAAAUACUAACAUUUAUAUACAUUUAUAGAGUCAGCUGUGUGCUGAAAUGUCAUGACAGCACAAUGUGUUUGCUAGGAAAGACAAUGAGCAUUUGCAUAAUUACUGUGGAUGUAAUGUAAAAUAGUUCUGGAGAAAAUUUUAGUUAAUUUCCCU